CUAAUAAGUCGACCCAUAUCGCAGCGCGCACAGUGAAGUGACAACCAUGUUAAACGCAUCGUUAGCACUAGUUUAUCCUACGCUACUUUCGACGUUGGAAGCAAUCAAUUCUACGACCCUUCUGAAUCCAGAAGCAGUCUCGUCUAUGAAUAAUCCCAAUAAUAACCCACUAAGUGAAUUGGAGCUGAAUGUUUUACGUCCCAAUUUGGAAACGAUCACUUUCACGCUUUACACACGAGAGAACCCAAUUGGUGAGCUGCUAGUACUAAACGACAUAAACUCGGUCCAAGCGAGUAAAUGGAACCCGAAAAGAAAAACCGCUAUAAUCACUCACGGUUGGCUUAACAGUGGUUUAACUCCGUCGUGUACACUCAUACGCGAUGCUAUUGUUAAGGUCAGGGAUUGGAACAUCAUUGUCGUCGAUUGGAGUAAGAUAUCAAGCAACUUGAUUUAUUCCAUCGUUGCAAAGAGCGUACCAUACGUUGCUCUCCGUGUGGCUAGUUUCGUAAAUUUCCUGCAAACUGAGGCUGGUUUGCAAACGUCCAACUUGAGAAUUAUUGGACACUCAUUCGGCGCUCAAAUUGCGGGCUUGAGCGCGCAAGAGAUAGGAAAAUCGAGCCGUGUAGCGGAAAUUGUCGCACUCGAUCCUGCUAGGGUAAUGUUUGAAGACAAACCACUUGAUCAAAGAGUUGAUGUAUCGGACGCAGAAAAUGUUCAAAUUAUCCACACAUGCGUUGGACAGUUCGGUUAUUCUCUGCCUAUUGGUACUUCAGACUUCUAUGCGAAUGAUGGAAGACAUCAACCAGGAUGCGGCAUUGACUUGUUUGGGAUUUGCGCACAUUUGCGUAGCUACAGAUUCUACGCUGAAUCAAUUACGAAUCCGAAAGGCUUUCUCGGUACAAGUACAGAUGGUACAACAGCAUACAUGGGCGGCGUUACCCUCGAUCCGAAGGCUAAAGGAACCUACUACUUCAAAACUACCAGUCAGUAUCCUUUUGCUAUUGCUGGGUAAAAUUAUUCUUCACGUGUAUUUUGGAUAUGUAAAGUAUUAAACUUAGAAAUAAAUAACUUCCUAAAA